AUGCCAAAUCUGCUGAAAAAUAUUUUUCAUAAGUUAAAAUCUGGUUUAGAGAAAGAACAGAGAAAACUUGAGAGGAAAGCUCAGAGAUCAGAGCGAACUAGCUGUAAGAAAGGAAAGCCUAGAAGAGAUAAAAAGAAGCAGCCUGAAGAGAAGAGUGAGAAUAAGCAAGAAGGGAAUGAGAGCCAUGAGUUUGGAACUCUUCCUGAAUUUUUGAAUUAUACCCAGAUAACCCCAUCUAAAGAGCUUCUCUCUCCGAUUGAGAGUAGUGAGAAACAUACUGAAAGUAUUACGAGAGCAACUAAAACUCGUCCUGAGAAUAAUAAGUUCAAUAAAUUGUUGAGCUUAAGAAGCAGCAGGCAUGCACUCUUUUCAAGAUUUGACAAAUUUCGUGAAGAGGCUAGUUCGAAAACUGGGUCAUCAAAGCCAAUGAAAUAUAUUUAUAAGAAUAAUACAAAAUUGAUUAAUCCUGGUGCAAGACCUAGUUUGAAUGAUGUUAAGUCCGCUAGGAUUAAGACUCAACAAAAGCUCAACCAGAUCUUUACUAGGUCUGAUGAUACCUCAAAAAAUGCACUGACUGACCUUAGAAAAGGAAACCGCCCAAGUUUAGGGAAGGACACUAGCAGAGGAGUCUCUUAUGACCAUAUCAAACCACAAGUCAAUAGUUUCAGAUCAAUAAAGAGGCCGAAGCCAAGCACUGAAGAUCUCUACACCUCGCCAUCAGUGAAAUUAUCUUCGAUUCCAUCAAAAUUCUAUCUGUUAAAAGCAAUGGAGAGGAGCUCUCAGAGGAAGCACCUUGCUGACGACCCUUCAGACCCAAUGCGUGGUGGAAUCGCUAAGAAUCUUAAUCAUAACAGAGAGCAAUUCCUUAGGAUGUACCAAAGCAUGAAGAUCUCCCGUGAGCAAUAUGGGAUUCGGAAGGAAGCCCAGCAUAGUCAGGAAGAAGAGAAAGAAGUCACUCAUAAAAUCAAAAAUUUAUAUAAAAAGUCUAUGAAAAUCAAGCAAGAGCAGUACAAGGAGUGACUUGUCAAACCAGCCCGGAUGCCCAAAGUUCCUGAGGUCUUGAAGUUCAAUAUCGAUCAAUGGAAAAAGAAACACGAGAAUGUGAAAUCAGGAUCUAAUAAGAAAAAUAUCAUCAAGUUCGCAGAGAAGUUAUUCUACUCCUGGGACGAUGAUGGCUCAGGCAUUCUUGAGUUAGAGGAGAUCGCAGACCAACUCAUAUCCAUGAAAUUAGCCCCAGAUAAGGUGUUUGUGGCUAACCUGAUUCGAUCUCUUGAUCCUAAAUUUUUAAACAAAGCAGAUGAUGAUUUAUCCGUUAAUUUAAAAGACUUUCUUAAAAUUUUCAAAGAUGAUCGCUACAUGGAUAAUCUGAAGAUUGAAGAAGAGGAGGAAGAAAAGAAUAAGACUGAUAAGGUAAACAAGAGUCCAUCAAAAGAAGAGAAUGUAGUGUUCAAAUCUGAGCAGAAAUAAUGCCUCAACAACUCUUCCAAUACAAAAGAAAAUUGAUCAGAUAGAUGGUGCCAAAUUUCCGAAGCGAGAGACUGUAAGAGAAGUAUUAAAAAUCCCGCUUGGGAUGACUCUGCCAUCUCAAGCUAAGAAUUUAAAGCAGUCAAGCUUGGUGACAAAGCAUAAAACUCAGAUUUUAAAAAUCCCUGAGAAAUCUGUCGAGGAUAAUAACUAUUUGAAUGAAUCUGGAAAAAUUACCUUCGCUAGUGAGAUUAGCCAUAGCGAGAGAGGUAGGCCUAUUACAAAAGAGAGAAAGAAAGCAGCGUCUGUUAAGAAGACACUUGGUUUAGUUGAGAAAAUGGAGAUAGUCAAGAAUCAUUGGAAAACACUCAACGGAGGAGAAGUAGAAUACGAAAUUCCUACAAAGAAAGUCGCGAAGUUAUUAGUGAAACUUGCAGUUCCGGAUAUGGAAACUGCUUAUAAGGUCAUCCGUAAGGCUCAGCAUGGUUCAUCAACGAGUAUGAUCAACUAUAAUGAAUUCAAAAGAAUCUUCUGCAAGCCUAUUUUCAAGAAGGAGUUAGAAAAGAUGCUUGUUGAUAUCUUAAAUUUUAACCCUCAGUCAGCAACUUCUUUAUUCAAACCUAGUCGAAAUUUUUCAAAGAAGGAGAAAGUUACAUACAUGCCAGAAAAUCUACCAAUUUCUAUUAGGUCAAGUACAUAUAAACGCAGGUUACUUAUGGAAUCUUUGGCCAAGAUUAAGAUACCCAAGAAGUUCAAGUUUUAAGCAUGCUCAAUGAUUGCCAAACUUAUGAAAGUUAAAUGAAUGACA